GAUAUAUUGUUUUUUAAGAAUUAUAUUCAAAUAGAUAAAAAAAUAAUGAUCUCAUUUAACAUUAGAAAUAUUUUAAACAAUCUGUAGCAAAAUUUUAUAUAGAAAAAAAUACAUUAAUCACGAAGCAUUUGACAAAAAUAAAAGUGUUUAGAAUUCUAAGAGAAUCGUUAAGAAAUAUACUAAAUAAAAUUAAAAUUCAAAACUUGCUUGAGAGUCGUGUAGAAAAGUAGACACCUUUAAAUAAAACCCGAAUAAAUGUUCUACUUAAAUUGAUUUUUUAAAUAUUGUUUCAACAAAAAAAAUUUUUAACAAAACCAAGGUUAAACUUUUGCAUAAAAGUUUUAAAAAAUCUGUGCAUAUAAUUAAACUUGAACCAGAAAUUUAGAAAUUUUUUUAAACAAAAAGAGUUCAACAAAUAAGUUCUUAAAAAGUGUUAAAGUUCGUUAAAGCUUAAAGCUUGUUAACAAAAAAUUAACUUACAAUUGAGACAAACAAAAAAAGUAAUAAGAAUCUGUAAUUGAACGUGUCUUUUAUUUAUGAAUGAAUUUUCCAUGUUGCAGUAUACGAAAUUUAUUUCCGUGUAAUUUAGUUUUUUUCUGGUUUAAAUUAAAUGAAUGAAUGUGCGUGAUUUAUCAAUGAGAAUGGAUUAUCAAUUGCCACCGCAAACUUUACAGUUGGCCAGCAAUGCAGUGGUGGGCAGCUUAAUGAACAGCAGCAAUAAUGCGCUAACACAACAGCAGCUUAAUCAACAACAAAAUGCUCAAUUACAGCUGCUGCAACUUAAUCAUCAUCAGCAACAACAACAGCAGCAGCAACAACAACAACAGCAACUUGUGAAUAAUCAACAGCAACAACAGUUGCUAAAUCAUAUGACUGCUGGGCAACAAACCUUGCCCUCUUUAAGUAGUCUACCCCUGCAAGUUGUUAAUCAAUUGCCACAUUUAUUGGCCAAUAAUGCUGUAACACUAAACAGCAGCAGCAAUAAUAACAACAACAACAAUAAUGCAAAUAUUAAUAAUUUAAAUAUACUCAAUAAUAAUUUAAACAACACAUCCUCCGCACUCAACAAUAACAACAACAACAACUCAAACAACAAUAAUAAUUCAGCGCUUAAUACAAAUCUCAACUCCAAUACCCCCAACAACAACAACAAUAAUAGUACGAGCAAUAAUGUUUUACUACGUAAUACCAUGCAACAUGUGGCAAAUGCCAAUCAACAAUUGCAACAAACAAUUAAUAAUUUAAGUAAUAAUUUGGUUUCCUCUCUACCACCCAGUAGUCAAUUGUUGCAACAUCAUUUACAACAUUUAGCCAAUGUACAACUCAACAACAACAACAGCAAUAAUAACAGCAACAGUUCUUCCCCCAGCAAUAAUAAUACUGCCAACAACAAUAACAAUAAUCUUUUGCUGAAUAACAACAACAACAAUCCCUCCACACCAAAUAAUAAUCUUGCCACACAUUUAAGUGACAAUGUAGUGGCUCACAAUAUUGUCAAUGGUCUGGUGGGUGUCUUAAAUAAUGUCAACAACAAUGUUGGCAACAACAACAGCAACAAUGGCAGCAAUAAUACGAAUUUAACUAAUAAUGCUUUAAAUAAUACGGUGAAUCAAAAUUCUGCGGCAAAUAGUAUAGAAGACAACAAUCGCUGGACUCAAUUUCAAGUGCAACAAUUGUGGAAACAACAUGCUUCUUAUUUGAAUGGUAAAUCCACAUCGAAUAGCAAAGAAGUAAUUUGUCCCGAUGACAAAUACAAAGAAGAAGGUGAUCUCUGGAAUGUUGAGGCUCAAACGGCCUUUUUGGGUCCCAAUCUAUGGGAGAAAACCCUACCGUAUGAUGCUGAUCUUAAGUAUGCCGAUUUAGAUGAAUUUUUAUCGGAAAAUAAUAUACCUGAUGGCUUGCCUGGUACCCAUUUGGGACAUUCAAGUAGUUUGGGUCAUCGUUCAGAUUCCCUGAGUCAUGCAGCUGGUCUGUCACUGGGACUUGGACAUAUAACAACAAAACGUGAACGAUCACCAUCACCUUCAGAUUGUAUUAGUCCGGAUACUUUGAAUCCACCAUCACCAGCUGAAUCAAUAUUUGAUAUUCCAGCAUUUUCCUUUGCAUCAUCGGGGCGGGAUUUCGAUCCGCGCACUAGAGCAUUUUCCGAUGAAGAGCUCAAACCGCAACCCAUGAUAAAAAAAUCACGCAAACAAUUUGUUCCAGAUGAACUUAAGGAUGACAAAUACUGGGCCCGUCGACGAAAGAACAACAUUGCUGCCAAACGUUCAAGAGAUGCCAGACGACAAAAAGAGAAUCAAAUCGCCAUGAGGGCGCGAUAUUUGGAAAAAGAAAAUGCUACAUUACACCAAGAGGUAGAGCAGCUAAAACAGGAGAACAUGGACUUACGUGCACGUCUCUCAAAAUUCCAGGAUGUGUAAUGCUAAAUAUUUCUUCUUCAUACUUUGUUACUAAAUAAUUAAUAAUUUUUAUUAUUAUUUUUUUUUCUUAAACUUGAUUUAAUUUUCGCCAAUUAAAACAAAACAAAACACCUCCUAAAAUUUAUUUAAUUUAAAACAAACUUUUUAAUCAUUUUUUUAAGAAAGUUAAAACACCUAAUUGUUAAUAAUAUUUUUUAAACACUUACAAAAAAACAAAUAUUUUUACAUAUAUAAAUUUAUGUAAUGUAAAACUUACGCCCCCUUCAUAAACCACACCCCCCCCCCAAGCAAUAAUAUAACCCCAUCUCUGUAAAAUACCAGCUACACCUACAACUAAAAACUCAAUUAUAAAUUUAGUUUAUAUUUUUGUUAAAACCCUUAACAGCAAUAGAUUUUUUUUUUUUUUGUUAAAAACUUUUCCUUUUAAGAAAAAUUACUUAAAGAAAUUUUGAAAAUAAAACUAAAUAAGUUUAAUUAUAAAAAAUUUAAAAAAAAAACAAAAAACCAAUGCAAGUUUCAUUAAAAUGAAUUCUAAAAUUAUUAUUAAUUAUUAUCACAAAUAAAAAAAAAUUGCAUAAAAAUUAUAUUAUAAACAAAAAAACAAGGUUAUUGGAAACAUUAAAGGUUUUAUAUAGAGUCGAAAACAAACAAAACUUGCAUUAAUUUAACAAAAAAAGUUAAUUGGAGUUUUUUUUUUUUUUUAAUAAUAUACUGAAAUAAUAUUAAAUAAAAUUGAUUUAAAAUUUUUGCAAAAUACAAAAAAUAAGUAAACACUAAAAUUAAACUUAAACUACUGAUUGAUAUAAAUAUUAAAUAUGUUUAACAAAACCAAGAAUUAAGAAAUUAUUAUAAAAAAAAAACAAAAACAACAUUAUAAAAUUUAAUACUUAAGAGACAAAAACUACAGCAACAUUAUUUAGUUAUUUAGUGUAAUUAAACAAAAUAAAGAAAAAAAACCAACAAAAUAUGAAAAAAAAAAUACUGAAAAAUGAUUUAAAUUGAAAAAAGAAAAAAAAGAAAAAAUAAAUGUUGCAGCAACAUGUGUUACUUAAUAUACAAAGUAUAUAAACAUAUAUGUAAGUGUAUUAAUUUGUAUAUAUAUAAAACAGAAAUAUAAGCGGAAAAAGAAAACUGUUUUAAAAUGUUUAUGGAAAUUUUUGAAAUAUUGAAAUUUUGAAAGGUUUUGUUACAAAUGGCAACAUUGUUGCUAAACAUUAUAAGAGUUUAUAGCUAUAAGCUUUUAUAACCAUCUAUACGCCUUUAUAACAAGCUUUAACAAAAUUGUUUAUAAAUAAUAUUAAAUUGAAAUAAAUAACUCAAUGUUAACUUGUCAAUAUUGUUGCUAAACAUUUACCUCAACAUAUUAGCUUAUUUUUAGUUUAUCAAAGUUUUAUAAAACAACUGAAUGUUUGUAAAUCACUUAAAAGUUUGUUUUCUAAAACUUUUACAAAUUUCAACACUUUUUUAAGAAAAAGGCAUGCUAAAUGUUGAGUAUUUAGUUUAAAAGUAUUUGCAAUAUUGUUGCUAAACAUGUUUCUAAUACUGACAAAGUUUUGGAAUUAUAAAUGAAGCUAAAAUUUUACAUCUUUAGUCUAUAUAGCAACAUAUUGCUUCCUACAACUUUUGGAAACUAAGGCGGUAUUUGUUCUAGCAACCUUAAGCUGUUGAAAAUUUUAAGCAGAAAAUAACUUUAGAAAACUUACCAGCAACAUUGUGGCUCAACAGAUGUUGCUAUAAGGAAUCAAGAGAUAACUUUCCAAAGCUUCAUAAAGAAAUUUAUUUUUAAUUUAAAUAGAAGAAAACCUAAGAAAACUUUAACUCACAAGCAAAAUUAUUGCUAAGUACAUGUUUCAAAAAGAAUCAGUUGAUUAGUAGCCAGAACUUGCAAUAUUGUUGCCAAACCUUAUGAAAGGAAAAGUUUCUAAAUUCUAUAUUUAUUCUCAAUUGCAACAUGUAACUUAAAUUUUAGAAUAUUAAGUUAUUACGUGUUCUAGAAAUCUGAAGUUGUUGAAAUGUUUAAGCAGCAAACAACUUUAGAACACUCACCAGCAACAUUGUUGCUCAACAGAUAUUGAAAUAAUAGUCAGGAGAUAAGGUGCCAAAGUUUCAUGAAGAAAAUUAUAGUCAAUUUAAACAGAAAAAAAAACAAAGAAAACUUUAAUUCACAAGCAAAAUUGUUGCUAAACAAUGUUUAAAAAAGAAUCAGUUGAUUAUUAGCCAGAAUUCCAUAAAAGAAUCUGAAGUACAGGAUCAAAAUAUUAAGCAAAUUGUAGCAAAACACACAGAAAACAAAUUCACAACACAAUUUCAGAAAACUUCAACUAAUUUUACUAUCAACAUAAACAAUGUUGAGCUUCAAACUUCUUAGCAACUUUGUGUUGCAACAUAUAACUUUUAAAUAAGUUAAAAAUUAAAUCCCGUGUUCAUAAACGCAUAACAAGUUAUUAAUGAUUUAUUGUAGGAAGUUUGGAGGAAAAAAGUGCUUAAAAAAUUAUUUAGCAACAAUUUAAGAAAAUAGUGGACAUUAAAGUAAGCAAAGUAUUCUUUUAAUGUUGUUAAUGUUUAGCAACAUUUUAACCAGAAAUGUUUGCUACAUUUUACAAAUGAUUUUGCUUCUGAAUCAAACUGUAGCAAUUUGAAUGUUGCAAAACUUUCAAUUUCAAGUAAAGUGCUGAUUGAAAGAAUUGCAUAAGUAUGGUUCUUGCAAAAAGUGUAGCAACAUUUGUUGGAUAAAUUCUCAACCCAUCCGACAAAAUUUUGCUACUUCAAAACCUAAUAAAACACAGUAAUUUUUAACCUAAUUUUGUAAGUAGAACUUCUAACAUCUAAACUUAGUCAGCAAUAUAGUUCUUUAACAAAGCAAUGCAACAUAUGUAGUAUUACUUCUCAAUAUAAAAUGAUUUUAAACCUCUUACUAAAACUGAAAAGAUCGACAAUAUUUUUAUUUUAUAAGUAAAACUUGCAACAUCUGCAGAAUUGGUAGAGCAACAUGUAGAUCUCUCCAUUUUUUGCUAAGAUAAAUCAGGGGCGAAAUUGAGAAGAUUUCAACUAUUAUUUUAUUAAAAUGUUAUAAAAUGUAUUCUCCAAGUGAUUGGCAACAUUGUUGCCAAGACAAAAAAUGUUCCUUAGAGCUUUUAAAGCAAAUCUUAUGGAUUAAAAAUGAAUACAAUUCUCUUAAAAACUAAAAAUAUCGAAGAUUUUUGGUAUUAACUCAAAACGUUUUUAAGUUUUAGCAACUUGUUGCAAAAAAUUGUUAAAAAUCAACAAUUUAAAAACAUUUACUAAUAAAACUUUUAAGUUAUUGUAAAAAAUGUUUAAACUGGUGUUUUUGAAAUGUUAAUGUUUAGCAACAUGUUGUUCUUAAGAGCUAUAUACACAUUGCUGUCAGGAUUUACAAUAAAUAUGAAAUAAAAAUGUUCACUAGAUGUGUUUAAUGUGAACAAACUGUCAACUAUAACAUGUUUAUCUAUAUUGCGGUAAAUACUUUUAAAGUGAGGUAUAGCAUACGCAAAAUGUUGCACACAGUAAAAGUAUAUGAAUGUGAACUUAUCGCUACAUAUUGCAUCAUUGUUAUCCAGAAUUGUUUACAUUUAAUUGUUGUAUUGUACAAUUAAAAUAUCUCCUCUACAAUAUGUUUCAAAGAAGAUUUAUAUUCUUAGCAACAUGUUUAAAAGAACAGUUAUUUCAAAAUAUUCUACUUUACUUGUAAUUGAAUAAUGAGUUACUUUCUGUAAGUAUUACAAAACAUGUUGCUCAACAUAUAAUCUAGUUAGCAACAUUAUUCUUUCGCUUUAAAUUUCCAAUUUUCUAUCACUUCGGUGAAUGCUUAUGAAGCUAAACAUAAAACUAAAAUAUUGCUAAAUAAAUAUGUUUACUGGCAACAUGUUUCUUUUAUGUUCUCCCUUAGUUUGAACAUAGAUUGUUUAUUAUCAUUAUUCCGUUCCUUAAACAAUGAUAUUGUUUAUACAAAAUGUUCAGCAACAUGUUGAGCAAUAUAAAAAUUUAAAUUUCACCAAGGUAACCACUUGUUUUUGAAAUUCUUGCAAUUUCAAAAGACAACAGAAAUGAUUAAAAUAAACAUGUUUAAAUACAUUUACAAUACAAAACAAAUUUUCUUUUAAAUUUAGUUUAAUUUUAAACAUAAAAACUUUGUUGCAAGUCUGUUGCAAAGCUACCGUGUUGCCAACACUUUCUAAAACCAUAAAAUAACAUAUAUUCAAUAAAUUGUAAACAAAAGCUUUAAAGAGUUAAAACUUUAAACCUUGAAAUUUUCCAUAUUUUUAAAACAGUUUUCUUUUAACAAACAUAUUGCUGCAACAUUUAUUUGCCAAAAAAAAUUACAUAAAAACAGCAAUACUUAACAAGAAAAGAAAAUACAAAAUACCAGCUUAUAAACAAUUUAAUUUUAUUGAAAAAAUAAAUAAUUAACUAAAUUAAUGAAAAAAAUACACACACACAUACACAACGCCUAGCAGUGUAGAGGACCUCAUUACUAAAACAACAAAAAAAAA